ACAGCUCUGCACUUGAACAACCCUUAAAUUCUGAAAAAACAACAUUUACCCUUGCUCCUUCCCAUCUUCUUCUUCACAUACAUAACACUACCAUGGAUGUGGUUAAUAGGAUGGUGACUGACCGUCCAGUGGUGAUCUUCAGCCGUAGCUCAUGCUGCAUGAGCCACUCAAUCAGGUCACUGAUAAGUGGCUUUGGGGCCAACCCUACUGUAUACGAGCUGGAUCAGAUUCCGAAUGGGCAGCAGGUAGAGCAGGCGUUGCAGCAGCUGGGUUGCAGCAGCGUGCCAGCGGUGUUCAUAGGGCAGCAAUUGAUUGGAGGCGCUAAUCAGGUCAUGACCCUCCAAGUCAGGAACCAGCUUGGCACAAUGCUCAGGAGGGCAGGAGCUAUAUGGGUUUGAGUUUCUUCAUCUCCAAGAAACUCAUAUAUAUCUCUCCUGCAGUAAGAAUUAAUAUAACAUAACUAUCUUUGCAUGUAUGGAGUUCUUUUUUGGUAGCAUGAAACUGAGUACUGGAAUAGCAUUAGGUACCUCGGAGAGCUUCUUCGUACUGUGUUUUUUGGGUUGGGAACUAGGUGGGGCUGAAUACUGGUUUCCCUGUACUAAGUGGCUGAAACUUUGUAUUUUGACUACUUUUUCUUCUGUAAUAUCUAUUUCCAAGCUAAAUAAAGAUCUAGUACAUUU